CCCCCGCUGACCAGACUCCCGCACACCCAGCCGCCGAUACGCCGACCCAACGCGUGUGUGACUUCGUCCGUCUCUUGCCCGAUCGGGCUACCAAGGAAGCGAUCCCUUUCGAUCCGACGUAGGAUUCGUCGAUCCAUCUCCAAUGUGCUCCACCUGAGCCAGUCGACCCGCCUCUCGCAUGCCUUAAGUCUAACGUCGCCGCCUGUUCCGACUAAGACGACACCGUAACCACUCCCGAUCAGCUUCGUCCACACGUCGUCGGCCGCUCGGUUCUGUUGCCAUUGUUGUGUGGAACAGAUGAAGGUAGUUAUGGCUAUGGUGAGAAUAAUGCCCUCGAGGAAUUAGCGGUUGAAGCUGCCAAACGAAUUGAACAACAAUUGGUGGAUCAUGGAAAUGGGGAGAUUGAGUUAAAUGACAACUAUAUUGUUUGUACUGAGGACGUUCUCAUUGCAGGUGUGAAAAUGACUGGUAUAAAUUCUAGUGACAAGGCUGAUCCAACACAACGCUCCCAAGCUGUUCGACGAAAUGCCGCUAAAGGAUUCGAACCAAAUUUGAAGGGGCUAGAGGAGGUUGUGCAAAAACUUGAUACAGUUCCAGCUGAGGUUGUAGUGUUUCAGCAACUUAAUUACCUUCAUAACUUUGUUCAAUCAACAUUAGAUGCACUUACUUCCGAGAAAGUAAAAGGUGCGACGCUUGUUGUUUCUGGGGAUGGCCGAUACUUCUCAAAAGAUGCUAUUCAGAUCAUCAUAAAAAUGGCAGCUGCAAAUGGAGUCAGACGUAUGUGGGUUGGUCUAAAUGGGCUGCUCUCCACGCCCGCCGUGUCUUGUGUCAUUCGUGAGAGAGUCGGUGCAGAUGGAUCAUUUAAAUAUGAAGUCAUGGCUACAAAAACCAAGAUUUAUUUUGUGAUGGAAUAUGCCAAAGGAGGUGAGCUUUUCAACAAGAUUGCAAAGGGCAGGCUUGAGAAGGAUGUUGCAAGAAAAUACUUUCAACAGUUAAUCAGUGCAGUUGAAUUUUGUCACAGCAGAGGUGUUUAUCACCGUGAUCUAAAAUCUGAAAACCCCCUCCUUGAUGAAGCUGGUAAUCUAAAGCUCUCAGAUUUUGGUUUGAGUUCUCUUGUGGAGUCUAAGAGGCAGGAUGGUUUACUGCACACUACCUGUGGAACUCCACCUUAUAUUUCUCCUGAGGUGAUUGGGAGGAAAGGUUAUGGUGGAGCUAAAGCUGAUAUUUGGUCAUGUGGGGUGAUCCUCUAUGUACUCUUAGCUGCUUAUCUACCUUUCCAUGAUACAAACUUGAUGGAGAUGUACAGGAAGAUCGAGAAGGCUGAAUUUAGAUGCCCAUAUUGGUUUCCUACUAAAGCGUGGAAGUUGUUGUCAAAGAUCUUAGUCCCAAAUCCAAGUACCAGAAUUCCAAUUGUUAAAAUUAUGUCACAUUCAUGGUUUAGAAAGGGAUUUGAAGCUAAGUCAAAAGAAAAGAUUCCUACUGCUCUUACCUCAACUUUUAACUCCAAUGGUAGCAACAGUCAGGUUGAGCAAAAAGAGGAUAGUUUGAAGGCAACAAGCAUGAAUGCAUUUGAUAUAAUCUCUCUUUCUGAUGGAUUUGAUCUUUCUGGUUUAUUUGUGGACCUUGACCGCAGAAAAGAAGCACGUUUCACUUCUUGGUUGCCUGCAGCAGCCAUUAUCUCAAAGCUCGAGGAAGUUGCCAAAAGCCUGAGGUUUAAAGUGUAGAAGAAGGAUGUUGUGGAUGCUGAUGAAUUUGGGUACAAGGAUCUGGUGGAUGGUUCAGUCUCCAAGCACCAGAGAAUCCGUUUCUUGUUUGCAUAUGGUUCCCGGCUGGUAUUCCGCCUAUCUGGAACUGGCUCAGAAGGUGCCAUAAUUAGGCUCUACAUUGAGCAAUAUGUGAAGGAUUCUUCAAGACUUCGAGGGACUCACAGGAAGCCUCUUCAUGUGGUAAUUUUAAAAUCUGCAUUCAAAGUCUUCGAUCCAGGAAUUUGUUUGUCACCCUACCUCCCUUCUAAUAACGUGCCUCGAUGGAGUCGAGCUUUUUGACACAAGGGGAGAAUGAUGUAGGAACAUCAUAGCUAAUAUUAAGCUUAAGGACUAGCCUACCUUUCAUGCUCUAGAUAGUUCUAUUUUGCUCUAUAAAUAGUUAGCUAUUGUAAGAGAUGGGGAUCAUUGAAGAAUAUUAAGUCAUUUUAAAGCUUUGAAG